AUGACCACCCAACGCACUCCUCCUCCUCUCCACACCACCUUCCAGAGCCAACACAACCACUCUCUCCGCUCUGUGGACUCCAAUCUGGCCGGGCGCACUCGACCGCUAACCGGCGCCUCAGUCAGCGGCGGUACACAUCGCAAACCCCCAGCAGAGCCCAUUUGGCCUCACAUACUCCUCAGCCGUCCUGGAGGCAGGGGCAGUGGUAUGCAAGUCUCCCACCUCCUUGCGCAACCUCGGGUGUCGAGCGCAAGAUCCACCACGGAGAGCAUUGAAGGCCGUGCUGCGGGCCACCACCACAACUCAAGGCAUUCCGUCCCAGACUACGAUAUGAUGGCACAGGAACGCGAUUCCGGCAUGAUGGACGUCUAUCCUAGUACGGAGACGGCCUCGGCGCACGACUCCCUGUCGCCGUCCAAGCAGGUCCCGUCCAAGCAGGUCAGCUUUGAGCUUCUGCUUCCUCAGUCCCCCCAGGCCAGGGCGCGACUGCCAAUGAGGGUGAACAUCUUCCCUCACGACACCACCGACUCGAUCAUCACAACGGUCAAGAACUUUUACGGGCUGUACGAGCGCAGGGGCGUUAUCUUUGAGGAUCGCCAUGCCAACAUCUUGAUUGCUAGAUACGAGAACUUCGACCACGGUAUGGUCGUCUACGUACGAGUCUCAGCAGAGGACCCUGAUGCAGAGGACUACUCACCUGCUCCUCGUCAGCUGACGGUGUCUCCUCGUCGUCCUCGUCACCUUCUGGAGGAAGGCUACCAGAUGCUACCACCAAACCUCAACCAGCAGCUAGGCUCAAGAGCAGGCUCGCACUCCAGGCGCCAGAGCCAGUCUCCUCAUCCUCGCGGAAGGAGCACUUCGACUGCUACUCACUCCCGCCGUAACCGCCCUACUAUCAAGAGUCGCGGCAAUAGCUCUCACGGCAGCUUCGCCGGGCAGCAUGGAGAGUACAGUGAUAGCGAUGGCGAGGGCUCUGUCUCUAGCUCACGUCGCUCUCGUAAAGAGCCUUUGGCCAGUGCUGAUAUCAGUGUCGACAACAUCGUUGAGGGUGGUCGUCGCAAGCGAGCGAAGUUUGACAGCUCCCUCCUCGUUCAGGAGCUACCUCUCUUCGUUCCUCCUCAGGUUCCCAUGGCCAACUCCAUCUCGUCUGUUUCUCCGCAGCGUCGAAUCAGCGGUAACAACAUGGCCGGUUCACCGUACUCUACGAAUCAGCAGACCUUUUCAUACCCCCUGCCUUCGCCACAAAGCUACAACCAGGGCGAUAGCUCAUACAUGUCGAAUGGGCUCGUCACACCGUACUCGAUGUCCAGCGGCACAGCAGGUUACAAGCCGCGUCAGUACACGCAUCGCUAUUCUAACAGUGGUGGAGUCUUGCCAACUCCAGAGCACACUCUUAGCGUCAUCUCUGACGAAGAUGUUGCCCGCCAGCUGAUGCGUCUGGGUGAUGCCUCCAACUUCUCCACCCAUGGCCGCACCUCCACUUCUACGCUCGAUGACACAUUCAGCGGCCAGGCCGAUGCUGCUUCUUCCAGCGACGAGAGUGAUGACGGCAGCCAGAAUGGCAGCGAGCUUCCUCUGCCCUACACCAUGGAGAGAGCCAACAAUCAUGUUCGUGCCUACGAGAGCGCCUUCAGCAGUGGCGAUGAGUACGACGACAACAACGGCUCCUUCAAAGGCGAGAGCGACGACAUCGCGCCCCAUCAGCACGAUGAGAUGCGAGUCCAGUUUGGAGCGCCCAAGGCCCGCUCUUCAAUCUCGAACAAGUCUGGCAAGCCUGCGAAGCCUCGUUCGCUCUCGACCAAGUCUAAGUCAAAGACUAGUGGCACCAGCAAGCCACCCAUGUCCCCUACCUCACUGCCUUCGCAAUCGCGUAAGGCUUCAACCGCCUCACUUAACUUCCAGCACCAGUUCGGUGCUGACGACGAGGACCUUUCGUCCAAACCACGAUGCCAGCGUUGCCGUAAAAGUAAGAAGGGGUGCGAUCGUCAGAGACCUUGCCAGCGUUGCAAGGAUGCCGGCAUUGGUGCUGAGGGCUGUCUCAGUGAGGAUGAGGGCAACGGUCGCAAGGGGCGCUAUGGACGCCAUAUGGGCGUCUCGGUCAAGACAGCUCCAGCUAUAACCUCCAUGGGCCCGCCGCCCAUGCACGAGCACCACGGCAUGCCGGCCGAUGCCUCACACUUUGCGCUCACGGCCAGCGCUCUCGACAAGAGCAAGAAGCGCAAGAGGUGA